AUGAGUCGUGAGGAGCGCAAGAUGGCGCAGAUUAUCGCCAGCAUUGAGCGCAUGGAGCAGGAGACACGUGCAUCUGGGGACGAUUCAAGCCGGACACAAGAAGCUUCGGAAUCGGUCAGGCAGGGCUUUCGCGGCAAGAAAACUAAAAAAGGCAAGAUUAUUGGCGUUAAGUUUAAAAACGAUAAGAAGCUUAAAGUGACAGCCGUCGUAGAAGGCAACCGGAUGCCAUUUGAGCGCAAUCUAACACCCAAGAAACGAUGGAUUCAGCUUUGGAAUGCCCAGAUGGACGAAGGAAAAGACGGAGACGCUAGCAUUUCCACAAUUGUGACGUAUGAAACAGCUGAAAACCAAAUGUCAGUUUCACCGGCAGUCGCGUCAUCACCUGUAUCAGAAAUAAAGGUGGCCCCUGCCAUUCCAUCCACAUCACUAGCUACAGCAGAUCAGGAAGAGACGCCCACGAUUACAAUUAAGCUAGAAAAUGUUUCAAUGGAGGCGAUUUCUUCAGUUGACUUGGCGCAAAGUGAUGAAAAAGAGCCCCUCUCUUCCACCCGUGUCAGUGUGAUGAAAAACGAAUCGCAUGAAGUGAAUACUGAGAAACUGCUUACAGAACCCUCCAAGGUGGCGCUGACCCAAGACGCGGUAGCUUCUUCACAAUCGUUGCUGACGUUGCGAACAAAUUGUGCAACAGCCUCUUCAUCAUCAGAGCUGCGCGUGGAGACGCCGUUGAUGAACGAGUCAUCGCAUUUGUCCCCUCCAGUGGAGCGGAGUAGCCCCACCACAACAGCAUCAAUAAGUCCAUCGGGUAAGAUAAAAGAAACCGACACAUCGAACAAUAACACAGCUACCGCUGUUGCCACGGCGGCCAAAUUCUCUCCUACAACGACGUCGCAGAAGGAUUGUGUGACUGAAAAGGAGUUGUCCCGAAAAGACACGGUGUCGGGACUGGCUAGAAAAAGCAGCAGAAAUAAUCUGGACAUUGUAGGUGACAGUCAUCGAACGACGUCAUCAGGUCGUGAUUCCGAACUUGUGAGGAAACGAAGUGUCGAGCUUAUCGAUCCGCCUAUGUCUGAGGAAGCAAAGCAACGAGCUGAGCGAAGGAGGAAGCGGAAGUCAAACUGGGAUGUUGGUGAUCCACGAAAGGGGGGUAGUCCUGUUGCUGAUCCUCCCGUCAGUGCUGCAGCGGCGGCAGCAAACCAGCAAUCUUUUGCUAAGUAUCCACCCAAUCGUCCCUCAUGGCGGUCUAGUCAAAGCAUAAUAGACUUGAAGCCUCAAUUUCAAAGUGGGCAUCGCCCCUCAAGUUUUUACAACAAAGCAUUUAGUUCAGCCAGUCGACGUGGUUUUUAUCAUUCGAGCCCGGUGUCUCAGGAUCGAUCCAGAAGCGCAGGACGUUCUUCUGCGCGCCACAGCUACGUCAACAGCAGCAGUCACUACAGGUAA